AUGGCGCCCCGUUUCCAGAGCGUUGCUGUAAUCGGCGCUGGCCCAUCUGGCAUUUCGGCAAUCAAAGCCUUGCAAGAAGAAAAGAUUUUCCAGACGAUACGUCUAUUCGAGCGACGGGGUCACAUUGGAGGAAUCUGGCAAUACGAUGAGAUCCCCGAUCGGUUUCCAUCCCAAGAAUCUUCCAGCCAACAAAAUCACGAGGUCCCAAGUCGCCUUCCGCUGCUCAAGUCCCCUUCUCCUGAAGAUGUGACGUCUCGGACAGGCAUUUAUGAGGGCCUCGACAGCAAUGUCGGUGCCAAAGUGAUGGCUUUCUCGCAUACUCCCUUUCCCGAAAUAAAUUCUGCAUCGUCAACGAGGAACUUAGGGCAUUCCAACCCUACCCGGCCAUUUCGGGUUGUGAGAAAAUACUUAGAAGAUGUGUUUCAAGACUAUCUUCAUCUUGCCUCGCUCAAUACAACAGUGGAAAAGGUUGAAAAGCGAGGCCAAAAAUGGACAUUAGCACUUCGUCAGUCCGGCCAUGGGGAUGGCAAUAUCGCCAAGGACUAUUGGUGGGAAGAGCAAUUCGAUGCUGUGAUUAUUGCAUCGGGGCAUUACAGCGUGCCUUCUGUUCCCAGCGUUCCAGGGCUAGAUGCUGCCUUCGCGCGCUAUCCGGCCGCAUUUGAGCAUUCAAAGUCGUUCCGAACGGCGGACGAUUAUGUGAACAAGCGUGUGGUGGUCGUUGGAGGCAGUGUCUCCUCGGCAGAUCUUGUCGCUGAUUUACAUGCCAUCGUGAAAGGCCCGCUGGAGGUAUCCCAGAGAGGGAAGAACGAGGCGCUGCAAUCUGCAUGGGACCUACCUAAUGUCAAUCUUAGACCAACGAUCAAAGAGAUUCAAACAACAGAUAACGGGAUAAAGGUCGUGUUCUCCGACAACAGCUUUUUGGAGGACGUGGACAAGGUCAUUUUCGCUACUGGGUACAAGUUGUCGUAUCCAUUCCUUGUCCCAAAUCCAGUGACCCCCAACAACCGGCUAUCGGGGUUUUACCAACAUAUUUUCAAGAUCGGGGACCCUUCGCUGGCUCUGGUUGGCCAGGUCCGCGCUGCACUCAGCUUCCGGGUUUAUGAGUACCAGGCGGUUGCGGUUGCCCGAUAUUUUGCCGGAACGAACGCGGCGUCCUUGCCAACGCCACAAGAGCAGGAUCUAUGGGAGGUCCAACGUCUUCAAUAUAAAGGCUACACGGCUCUUUUCCAUGAAAUAAGGCCUGACUUCAAGGAAUAUUUCGAUUUCUUGGCAGAUUUGGCUGGCCCCCCAGCACCAGGAACGGGGGGUUACACACUCCCUUCUUGGGAGGAUCGAUGGGCAGAACAAGGAUUCGAGAUUCUCCAGCUGAAGGAUAAGUACUGGAAGUCACUACGAAGAACGGCGGAUGGAUUAGGGGCAGUGAAGGCUAAACUGUGA